AUGAAGCUGGUAUACCUUGUCCUUGGUGCGGUGACCCUUCUUCUUCUGGGCAGCCCUGACUCUGUCCUCAGCAGCUCCAGUGGGAACCUGCACACUUUUGUGGGCUGUGCUGUGAGGGAAUUCACUUUCAUGGCCAAGAAGCCAGGCUGCCGGGGACUUCGGAUCACCACAGAUGCUUGCUGGGGCCGCUGCGAGACCUGGGAGAAACCCAUCCUGGAGCCUCCCUACAUCGAAGCCUAUCAUCGAGUGUGUACCUACAACGAGACCAGACAGGUGACGGUGAAGCUGCCUAGCUGUGCUCCUGGAGUCGAUCCCUUCUAUACCUACCCAAUGGCUGUCCGAUGUGACUGCGGGCCGUGUUCUACCGCCACCACCGAGUGCGAGACCCUCUGA